GUCGGGUAUGAUCUAAUUUCAUUCCCAAGUUGCUCGCAGCAAACGCAAACCCUAGCGAAACCCUUUUCGUCGAGAUUGGAGAGUCGAGAAUCAGCCAUUGAAUCCGCGGCGAAGGACUUGAAGAGGUUUGAGUGAGGAGAAGGAAUGUUGUACAUUGUAGGGUUAGGAUUGGGGGAUGAAAGGGACAUCACCCUGAGAGGGCUGGAAGCAAUCCGGAGAUGCACCAAAGUAUACAUGGAGGCUUACACUUCGCUCCUCUCCUUCGGCCUCGCUUCCGAUGGCCUUUCCACGCUAGAAAAGCUUUACGGAAAAUCCAUUACCGUCUCCGAUAGGGAAGCUGUGGAGGAGAAGGCGGAUGAUAUGUUGCUGGAGGCACGGGACUCCGACGUGGCGUUUCUGGUGGUUGGAGAUCCUUUCGGAGCAACCACACAUACUGAUCUUGUCGUCCGGGCGAAGAAAUUGGGUGUGGAUGUUAAAGUGGUGCAUAAUGCAUCGGUAAUGAAUGCGAUUGGAGUGUGUGGUUUGCAGCUAUACCGAUAUGGAGAGACUGUCUCCAUACCAUUCUUUACGGAUACUUGGAGGCCUGAUAGUUUCUAUGAAAAGAUUAAAAGAAAUCGUUCCCUUCGGCUGCACACUCUCUGCUUGUUAGAUAUACGAGUGAAGGAACCUACUCUGGAGUCCUUGUGCAGGGGGAAGAAGGUGUACGAGCCACCAAGAUUCAUGACAAUCAACACUGCGAUCGAGCAACUCUUGGAAGUGGAACAAAAUAACAAUGAGUCAGUAUGCGGUGAAGACACUCCAUGCGUUGGUUUGGCGAGGGUGGGCUGCGAAGAUCAGAAGAUAGUUGCAGGUUCCAUGAAACAACUUUUGGAUGUGGAAUUCGGACCCCCUUUACACUGCUUGGUUAUAAUCGGUGACACUCAUCCGCUCGAAGAAGAGAUGCUGGAGUUUUAUAGAGUCGGGCGGGAUGAUCGUGCAUGGGGACGUAUUCCUCCAGCUUGUCGAAGAGGUCGUGGGCGGUGUGGGCAGAGACGAUGAUACGACGAGCAGACGGCGUAAUGAAGCCUUCAUCGACAGCCUUGUCUAUAAAAGACAAGAGGGAGUUGUAAUAGCCGUCGACGUUGAGCAAUCCGACAGGCUUGUGGUGGAUGCCGAGCUGCGCCCAUGUAAUGAUCUCGAGGAGUUCUUCCAAAGUUCCGUAGCCGCCGGGAAGUGCGAUGAAGGCAUCCGCCUGUCGCGCCAUUUCCGCCUUCCUCUGGUGCAUUCCCGAAACUGCCCUCACCUCUCCCACGCUCUCCCCUGUCACCUAUACAACAAUUCCUUCAUUCAUUAAUUCUUACUAUGUACUUUCUCUGCCAUCAUAAUCACAAUAUAUCCAUUAUGUUUGCAGUAAAAAAAAAUAAAACGAAAAU